CUGACGGAGGGAAAGCUGGCGGCGGCGGCGCAUGCGCGUUGGCAGGCUCGCUGUAUUCACGAAUCCGUACCCGUCCUUGUAAACGGGCGGCGGAGGCGGAAUGGGGCGCGAGGCGGCGUGCGCGUGAGGCCGAGGCAGCGCUGAGCCGCCCUGCAGGCAAGCGGAAACCUGGGGUGUGAUGGACAGGUGACAAAUUUUUCAUUUUGUGUCAGGGAAUCAGAAUGACUGAGUGCUUCCUGCCUCCUACCAGCAGCCCCAGUGAACAUCGCAGAGUGGAACACAGUGGGGUUCUUGCCCGUACCCCGAGCUCCGAAGAAAUCAGCCCUACAAAAUUCCCUGGAUUAUACCGGACUGGUGAGCCUUCACCACCUCAUGACAAUCUACAUGAGCCUCCAGAUAUAGUGUCUGAUGAUGAAAAGGAGCAUGGGAAGAAGAAAGGAAAAUUUAAGAAAAAGGAGAAAAGAACGGAAGGUUAUGCUGCCUUCCAAGAGGACAGCUCUGGUGAUGAAGCAGAAAGUCCUUCCAAGUUGAAGCGGUCCAAAGGAAUUCAUGUUUUCAAGAAGCCCAGCUUUUCCAAAAAGAAAGAAAAGGAUUUUAAAGUAAAAGAAAAACCCAAAGAUGAAAAACAUAAAGAUGACAAACACAAGGAAGAAAAACAUAAAGAGAAGAAGUCAAAAGACUUAACAGCAGCAGAUGUUGUAAAACAGUGGAAGGAGAAGAAAAAAAAGAAAAAGCCAACUCCAGAGCCAGAGGUACCUCAGAUCGAUGUUCCAAGUUUUAGGCCAGUGUUUGGGAUUCCUUUGACUGAUGCAGCAGACAGGACCAUGAUGUACGAUGGCAUUCGCCUGCCAGCCGUUUUCCGUGAAUGUAUAGAUUACAUAGAGAAGUAUGGCAUGAAAUGUGAAGGCAUCUACAGAGUUUCAGGAAUAAAAUCAAGGGUGGAUGAACUAAAAGCAGCCUAUGAUCGAGAAGAAUCUCCCAACUUGGAGGAAUAUGAGCCGAAUACCAUAGCCAGCUUGCUGAAACAGUAUCUACGAGAACUGCCUGAAAACUUGCUUACCAAAGAGCUAAUACCCCGCUUCGAAGAGGCGUGUGGGAAGAGCACAGAGGGGGAAAAAGUUCAGGAGUGCCAACGCUUGCUGAAGGAGUUGCCAGAGUGUAACCAUCUCUUAAUUUCCUGGUUGAUUGUGCAUAUGGACCAUGUUAUCGCAAAGGAACUAGAAACAAAAAUGAACAUCCAGAACAUUUCUAUAGUGCUCAGCCCUACUGUUCAGAUCAGCAACCGUGUCCUGUAUGUAUUUUUUACACAUGUCCAAGAGUUCUUUGGAAAUGUGACGCUAAAGCAGGUGACAAAACCCCUUCGCUGGUCUAAUAUGGCAACAAUGCCAGCACUGCCAGAAACACAGGAAAACAUUAAAGAGGAAAUCAGACGACAGGAGUUCCUUUUGAACUGUUUACAUCGAGACUUGCAGGCGGGGAUAAAAGACUUAUCCAAAGAAGAGAGAUUAUGGGAGGUACAAAGAAUUUUAACAGCCCUCAAACGGAAACUAAGAGAAGCUAAAAGACAGGAGUGUGAAACAAAGAUUGCUCAAGAAAUUGCCAGCCUUUCGAAGGAGGAUGUCUCCAAAGAGGAAAUGAAUGAAAAUGAAGAAGUUAUUAAUAUCCUACUCGCCCAGGAGAAUGAGAUCUUGACAGAACAGGAGGAGCUACUGGCAAUGGAGCAGUUUCUGCGCAGACAAAUUGCCUCUGAGAAGGAGGAGAUAGAACGCCUUCGAGCAGAAAUAGCAGAAAUUCAAAGUCGUCAGCAACAUGGGCGAAGUGAAACUGAAGAGUAUUCUUCUGAGAGUGAGAGUGAGAGCGAGGAUGAGGAGGAGCUACAGAUUAUUUUGGAAGAUUUGCAAAGACAGAACGAGGAACUGGAGAUAAAGAACAAUCAUCUGAACCAAGCGAUUCAUGAGGAACGAGAGGCCAUCAUUGAGCUGCGAGUGCAACUUCGACUGCUACAGAUGCAGCGAGCAAAAUCAGAGCAGCAGAUGCAGGAAGAAGACGAGCCAGAAAAGCGUGGGGGUGUUUCUCAGCAGCAAAGAGACAGUGUCCUGGAGACAAAAGCAGCUAAAGAGCAGUCCAAGGCAGUCAAGGAGCUAGUCAAGCCAUCACCAAACAAAGACAGGAAGGAAACUCCAAUUUGAUCAGAGUCCUUGGGUAUUCAUAAAAUCAACUGGACUUAGCAAGGACUGUGCAAUUUACUGUAAUUCAGAGGCUAAAACUGCACAAAUCUUUGCUGGCUGUGUACAUUGUGUAAAGAAUCUUGUCUUUUAAAACCCUCGAGAUUUUUGUCUCCUUCAUAAUAGUGGUUUCUGUCCAUUAGGCUCAGGUUACUUUGGAGGACAAAGCAAUUAGAGGUUGGAGGGUGCAGAGGAGUUUUCCAGCUAGUGUCAGAUUAUUGGAGACCAAUUUGUUUCAGGUGACUAUAAAUAAUUCACUAAUGGUUUUUAUUUUAAACCAGAGCAAUUAUUUGUUGUCAUCAGAUCAAAAUUGGGAGGUCUUUUCUUUCCAGUCAAUAAAAAGCAAAAACCUAUCCACAAACAUUAAUUAUUUGCCUUGUGAAUCUAUUCAUUCUCAUUCACAGUCAUUUGCUGCUUACCUGGUCACUCUUGCUUGUGCCUUUGAUACCUUUCUGAUGCAGAUUAUAUACAAACGAGCUUUAAAUUCUUUCUUGUUUGGCUAAAAUGUCUGAGACUGCAGGAGAUCAUAGUUACCUAACAAAUGCCCUAAUAACGUUCUCAUUUUACAGUUCUAAAAUGUAUGAACAUCUGUGAGAUUUGAAUUCAGUUUUUUAAGUAUGUCCCUUUGUGGUGGAAGGUGUUCAUCGAGAGCCAGUCAAGUCUUUUGGCAAUGUAGUGAACUCAUUUGCUGGUUUGUAAACCAGUGAUCCUCAUCAUCAUACUUGUGUAACACAUAUGCAGUAUUCACACUGCUAAUGCAUAACAGCAGCGUUUUCUUAGUACGGAGAAAGGGUCCAUUUUCAAGUGUUUUGAACUCUCAGUUCAGUCAAAACUCAGUGACCGAUGCUUUAGUAAUUAAAGGGGAUUGGUUAUGUUGUUUGCUUAGCUUAGAAUAAGUUAUCUUUGUCUAACCAAGCAAUAUAUUGUUCCAGCUACAGAAAUUCAAGCCAUUCAUGCUUUUCAGACAAGCCUGAUGAAAGAUGCCCAGUGGAGGGAGCAGGGUUUAGCAAUAGACAUUUUUUUCUUUAGUAACAAUAACUGUGAUUUACUUUUGGCUCAGCUAUUUAGUGCUACCAGCAAUCAAAGGCCUUCAUAAAAUUGGCAUAGUAGGGCCAUUUUUAUGUUUCAAAUGCACUCAUUUAUAUAUGUCAAAUGAAAUGAUGGUCAUGAGACUAGUCAAUAAGUAAUCAACUCAAAAAAUAUU